ACCACACUGCUACUACCCUUCAGGACCGGUGCAUCUUCUCAAGAGUGACACACACAAAGUUGAGGACCCCCAAGUCUUGCAGAAAGCAAACAACCAUGGAUGUGUUUAAGAAAGGUUUUUCUAUGGCUAAAGAAGGCGUGGUUGCUGCAGCAGAGAAAACCAAGCAGGGUGUGACAGAAGCUGCAGAAAAAACCAAGGAGGGGGUCAUGUAUGUAGGAGCGAAAACUAAAGAGGGUGUUGUACACAGUGUGAAUACAGUUGCAGAGAAAACCAAAGAACAGGCCAAUGUGGUUGGUGGAGCCGUGGUUUCUGGAGUAAAUCAAGUAUCUUCAAAGACUGUAGAAGGCACAGAGAAUGUUGUAAGCUCUACUGGUUUAGUAAAAAAGGAAGAUCUACAUCCAGAUCAGCCAGAAGAACCUGCUGCAGAAGAACCCGCAGUGGAGGCCACAGAAAGCAUUGAGCAGGUCGGUGAUGGAGAGAAUUAAUAUUUCACCCUGUGUGCUGCUGGGAAUCUUUGAAAAACUAGCUAAGGACAUAGAAAAGAAGUAAUUCAUACCACAAGAAUACCACAGGCUGAAAGCCAAACAACGCGUGAAAUUUUCCUCUUGAAUUAUCAAGUCCGUCAGUGUAUGCAUUCAUGUUAUAAUUGUGAAUGUACAGCUUUGUAACCCAACCGAUAUACCACCAGUCACACAUCCUUCACAUCUUCAUGUGAUUUAUUAUACACAACUUUGUUUGACCCUGAGCUCUGGUUUUACUAACAGUCUAUUUUUACCCCUAUCAAUCUUCAUUUGUAUGUGUUUUUAUUUGACGCACCUACUACUGAUCCAGUGCUCUGCAUUACUCCAUCUAUGAAUAGCUCUCCUACUCAAGUACCCUAUUGUAUCAACUCCUUUUUUUCUUGUUAGUUUUUGCUUGGGUCACCAUUCAGCAUCAUCUUUAUAUUCACAUUGGCUAUAUUGUCCCUUCUUAAAGCUAUUUUUUUUUUCAGCCAUACAAAUAAAACUUUAUUUGA